GAGAAGCUGACAUCUACCCUCUGAAUCAACAGCUCCUCCUGACAUGUAGCUACAGAGUCCACAGAGUGUAAACAACGGUAAAAUAGCUGCUGCUCUCCGGAUUAAUUUGGUGUAGUUGGCGGCUAUCUGACCAAAAGUCGCGCUUAAUGAGUCCUUCAAAAUUUCUGAAACGGUAAUAAUACAAAAAAUAAAAAAGAAAUUGGUGACAGGACUUGAUACUGCAAACAGUCACUGACUGGUCACCUCCUUCCGGUCCAGGGCGCAAUUUUCGCGCCCUUUAACUGCUGCUAUAAUUUACAUUGGGAGGAGGGAAUACGCAUGUGCAACUUUAUAACGGGAUUUUUUUUUUUUUUUUUUUGUUGGACGGUAAAGGCAUCUAUCUAUAUAGAUAGAUAGAUAGAUAGAUAGAUAGAUAGAUAGAUAGAUAGAUAGAUAGAUAGAUAGUCCACGCAUGGCGGCCAUCUUGCUAUGGGCAGUUCAUAACAUGUCAGUCUACGGUGCAUGUAGCAAUUAAAAAAACAUAGAUUGAUAAUUUUAAACCUAUUUUCGAACGGUUUGGUUUGUAACAAACCUCAGAGUUUUAGUUAUGUUCCUGCACACUCAAGAAUAAUUUUAAACAUGGAUUUUAAUAAAUAAACAUUAAGCAGAUAGGUAGAGUAAUAGCUAUAGGCCUACACACACAAGGCAGUUAUAUUAAAUCAUUUAUAUAUAAAAUAUUUAAUCAUUCCAUGUAUGUUAUAUUAGUAAUAUUUCAAUUAUAGGGAUGACUAUAAUAACAUAUAGCAAAAACAUACAUAAAUAUUUAUUUUUUAUAUAAAUUUCUGCCUCAUGUUGCCAUUUUAGAUGUUUUUAACAAACCAAACAGUUUGGAGAUCAUGAGCAAUUUAAGUUAUGUUAAAACACAAGAGCAUUUCUGCUUCUUUAACUGAUGUAAAAUUACUGGGUCAACUUUGUAAUAUGUACUUGGUCUCACUCACAGUGAGUCUGUCAGCCAAGUAAGACAGCUGAUAAACUAAAGCACAUCCACAAAAACUGUCACUUCGACGAAAAGUAUAGGCUGUCAUACAAGAAAUGAAAAUCUCGAUUGUGGUCUCAACUCGACAACUUGCGCAAAGCUAUUCAAAAGUUAGCCCUUGCGUGCAAAUAGCUAUGAAAGCAUCUUCAACCUCUUCACCCCCACCCUCUGGAACGCCCUCCCUAAAACCAUCCGUGAAUGCCCGGACCUCAUCAGCUUCAAAUCUGCCCUCAAAACCCACCUUUUCAGACUCGCUUUUAUUACCUGACCCCCCUGACUCACCAUUAUCCCACCUCUCACAUCUGCCCCUCCCACCUGUAUUCUUUUAUUCUUUUUAUUUGAUUUUACCUUGUUUUUAGCUUGUUAUUAUUAGUCUUUGCCUCACUGCAUUUUUGUUAUGUUUUUGUAAAGUGUCUUUGAGCUCCUGUAAAAGCGCUAUACAAAUAAAAUGUAUUAUUAUUAUUAUUAUCAUUAUUAUUAUUAUAUUAUCUCAUGAAUAUAUUUUUAACAUUAUCAUCAAUAUAAAAUACGUGUUUCUGUGCAAUGUCGUCCCAGGUAUGCGCGCGCAGCCUUGGGGCAGAAAGCAUUUCUUAUUUGUUUACUAGCGGAGUCAACGGAGAAAGAAAAUGACAAGGAGCUGUUGUGCUGUAAACAGCACAAAUCAGCAAAACAAACAAUUACAACCCUGCUCCUGAUAUUAGAAACAUCUAAAACAACGUCACAAUCUGGUAAAUUGAGUGAAAUUCAUGGAUAAUGAAAUGACAUUUUAUUGCAAUUGAGUCAGGGAGAACUUGCAAACAAUAAGGCAUCUUCAUUGAUAUUAGUUCACUCCGAAGCAGGCUUUUGCCCCAUGGUUUCGCGUGCACCUAGUAAUGUUUGUAGACGAGAAACCCAUCUAUUAUAAUAACAAUAAUACAAUGGAGUGUUAGGGCCACAUUAAAAAAAAAAUUAAGACUUCCUGAUUACUUACGAGAAUAAAGUCGUAAUAAAAUCAUUACUUACAAGCAAACAAAAUAAUGCCAUUAUCCACACCCGUCGACAACACAAAGACUUUAGGAUGUUACCAGUAAUUUCACAAAACUCACCCUGAAAAUAUUUAAGUCAAUGUCAUGACUGACGUACAUCACUGAACCAGAUUCUUCCUCAGUGAACAUGUGAGCUAAUUAAAGAAGUCGCAGUUGUUAAAGAUGGCCACACCUAAUACAAAGGACAAAAUUAGUCAUACAUGUUAUUUACGUCUUUGUUCACAGUCUGAUGUCAUGUUUUUUGCUUUGUGUGAAUAUAUAAACCCCUGUCUGCUCAGUAGAGUCGAUCAAAGAGGGAACAGCAAAGUCACGAAGAGGUGGAAUCAGAGAGCAUCCAAACUUCAGUCCCAGCACUCAAGACCAGCAAACACAGCAUGAGCUCUGUGAGUACUUUAUUCAUAUGUAUUUGUCCAUUUAUAUUCAAUGCCACUGAUGUGUCUUGUCUAAUUUAAAAGUUUGAUUUUAAAUAUUUUAGGUAAAUAUAGACCCUUUUUCAUUUUUGCUGCUAAAAUUGUGUGAACAGUGUUUUCUUUGCUGUCAUGAACUCAAGAUUUUGGAGAUGUUUCCUCAACAUUUCAUCAACAUCAACAAAAAGUCAGAGUGUUGUAAGAUAAAUGUGAAGGAGUUUCAAGUGUUAUGUGAACUUUAGCAUUGUAAAAACCAUUUUCUGUGGGGAAAAAGAUGUAAACAUGACCUCAAUGACAGAAAUAAUUCAUAGACCAACAUUAUUGUUUCUGUAUAAAUGGAAGCAGUUGUAUUAAACAGCUGACUCCGUAAAGAACUGCAAGGCAAAUUAAUGAAAUAUUAAGAGAUACAGGUUAAUAUUCUUUAUUUUCAAAGCAACACUUUAUUAAGCAGUCCUGUUAAAAUCAUACAUCUGUGAAAAUGAUUCUGUUGUCAUUUAAGUGCUCAAAGUGAUCAGUUAUUAUUUCAUUUUAACAGCAAAGAACAUCCAGCACCAUGAAGAUGAGGAUCUUUGCCUUCUUUCUUCUCUUACUUGGUAAGUUCAGGAAAAUAUCUACUAAAAGAAAGUAAUUUAUUUACCUUUUUUAAUUUAUAAAGAAAAAUCCUAAAGUGUAAAUGAUAACUGAUCAAUGCCAUCUUUGUUCAUCAGCCUCAGUCAACGGGCAAUCUACAACCACAGCUGCUCCAACAACCACAGCUGCCCCAACAACCACAGCUGCUCCAACAACCACAGCUGCCCCAACAACAACAGUUGCCCCAACAACCACAGCUGCUCCAACAACAACAGUUGCCCCAACAACAACAGUUGCCCCAACAACCACAGCUGCUCCAACAACCACAGCUGCCCCAGCAACAACAGUUGCCCCAACAACCACAGCUGCUCCAACAACCGCAGUUGCCCCAGCAACCACAGCUGCCCCAACAACCACAGCAGCUCCAACAACCACAGCUGCCCCAACAACCACAGCUGCCCCAACAACCACAGCUGCUCCAACAACCACAGCUGCUCCAGCAACCACAGCUGCCCCAACAACCACAGUUGCCCCAGCAACCACAGCUGCCCCAACAACCACAGCUGCUCCAACAACCACAGCUGCCCCAGCAACCACAGCUGCUCCAACAACCACAGUUGCCCCAGCAAGUGUUGCUCCAGGUUCCACUAAUGCAGCCACAAGUGUUGCUCCAGGUGCCACCAAUGCAGCCACAAGUGUUGCUCCAGGUGCCACCAAUGCAGCCACUAGUGUUGCUCCAGGUGCCACCAAUGCAGCCACAAGUGUUGCUCCAGGUUCCACCAAUGCUGCCACAACCGUAGCUCCAGGUGCCACAACCGUAGCUCCAGGUGCCACAACUGUUGCGUCAGGAGCAACAACAACUUUUACCACAAGUGUCCUUUUAUUCAUUGCAGCUUUUCCUGCAGUUCUUUUGAAUUAAAAAAAUGACAGAAAACCAAAAUAGUUUUACUUCAGUUUCCCAAUGCUUUUUUUUUUACAGAGACUAAAGGAUGUCAGGAUUUUAAUUUCCUAUUUAUUUUGUUAGCAACUUGGGCUUGAACUUAAGAUUGAAGAGGAUGUCACCAUUUUUAAUGUGUUUGAAAAACACAACAGUGCUUUUGUGAAAGUGGAUGGUAUUUUGUGCUGACAACAUAAUCACUCUAUUUAUUUCUUUUUUAUGUAUUUGUUAAAUCACUGAAUCUGUAUUUAUUUUUUCAUUCAGCCCCUACCAGUGAUUACUCAUAGAGCUUCAUUAGCCUCAUACAGGAAGUCGUCGUAGCAGCUCUCCUGCUCAUGUAAUCACGCUCGCUUUCCAGCUGUAAUGAUUGUCCCCUUUGUCUUUUUCAUGUGCAUUACAUGAUUCCUAUUAAAAACUCAACACAAGAAACCACUCUUUGUUUUGAUGUGUUCUUGUUUUGGUUGACUUUGAGUUCAGAAUUUCUCAGGGAUUCAGUGGGAUCAAACUUAUUUUAGAGUCUUUUUAAACCACUAAACCGUAGCUGUUUGUGGUCACAAUAACUUUUAUGUCUUCACUCUCAACAAAAAGAUGUCAUAUUUUGAAUUGCCCUGAGGGAACCUUCCCAAAAGGAUCAAUAAAGUUAGAUCUAAUCUAAUCUAAUCUAAUCUAAUCUAGUCUAAUCUAAUCUAACUAAACUAAACUAAACUAAACUAAGCUAAACGCAAUCUAAUCUAAUCUAAUUUAAUCUAAUCUAAUCUAAUCUAAUCUAAUCUAAUCUAAUCUGUGGGCCUGAGGUGGUCAGGGGCCCCUCAUAUGAGAGUUAAAUUGAGCUGACUUGUUUUGCAUGGUAAGCAUAGAUGCUGUUGCAGAUUCAGACCUCUGCCCUGUGAAACUGCACUCCUGCAGCUUGUGACACAGAUUUCUCUCAUAAAAUUUAGAGUUUUGACUUUGUGUAUUGUUUUAUUUGCAAAUUCGCCACGACGUAUUGACUCAAAAAUGUCACAUCCAAUGUCCCAUCUAUGACAGUGUCACACAGCAGGUUUCUGUGUUGUGUAAAAUGAUGGCAAAAUACAAAAAGUGCUUGAUCGAGACUUUAUGUGGUGAGCCACACCUCACCUGCCUUUGAAAGAGAUAUUUAGAUAUCUGUGACUGAUGUUGUCUCACUCGCUUUGUGAUGAUACAAAACCUGCUGUACUGUCACUUCAUCUCAGCACUGCAAACAGGUCAGGACUGCAGGUGGAAUCGAAGAGCAUCUCCGUCUCAAACGCUGCAGAGGACGCCAUCUAAGCUGAGGGGAAAUUAGUAAGUGUUUCAGACAUCUCAUAUCUGUACUGGGUGCAUUCUGCUGAAAUUACAAAUGUGUGCUAUAUUUUGCGUAUUAUCCAGUGUUAAAGAUUUAUCUUGUAGAUUUAGAAAUACUGUAUACCGUCAGUCCUUUUACAUCUGUUAAAGUUCAAUAUUCUCAACUAAAGUUAGAUUCAAAAUUAAUGAUGUUGACGUGGACAGUAUAUGUGAAAAAAAAAUCUGUCUGUGACCAUGGAUCAUAGGUUUAGUUGGAAGCCAAUAAGAAUUAAAUUUGACACUUUUAUUAUGGUUCAGACUCAGAUAUAAAUCAAAUACUAUGAACCAUGUGUGUACUUUAGUUAAACUUGAAACUGCACAGGAAAUAUAAAGUGCCCAAAACUUUACUUUCAGGCUGCCCAAAAGAGCAGGGAUGUGAUAUGUGGUGCAGUCCCGGCCUCAAAGUUUAUUUGCUUUUAUUAUUGGUGUAAGAAUAAGAAUAGGUUUUAGUUUGUAAAUAACUUAUUUGUCUUUUCUUGAGUCUGGGUCUCAAUGUCAGUACCUUCAUUUCUGAGUCCAGUAUUCCCCUCUGGUGCUCUAGUGUAUUAUGCCUCUGCUUUAACCUAGUUCAGUUGGUAUUUCCUGAGCCACUUCGUAGUAAAAUGGUUGAGCUAAAUGAGAGGAACAAGAAAACUAAUUUCAUUGGGGUCAAAAAUAAAAAAGUGCUCUAAUACAUAUUUUAAAAUGUAAAAUGAGAACCUUUUAUUUGAUUUAGCAUGUGAAAAAAAAUUUAGCCAAACAAUAUGAUGUAUAAAGAAAUAGCAACCUGCAGUAAUUUGGUGUUAACCAAUGAGAAUGAUUUACUUUGUUCCAGAAAAGAGUGAAGCAUGUCCAAAGAGAAGACAAAGAUCUGUGCUAUCCUUCUUUUUUUGGUUGGUGAGUUAAGAUAAGUUCCUUGGAAAAUAUAUUGAAUAUAUAAAAAAUGAGGUUAAAACUCUUAGAUGUGGUAUUCAUUCAUCAUUACAUAUUACACAGCCACAGGCAAUGGAUGGUUUCCUACCAAAACUGUCCAAGCAACAGCAGUCGUGCCAAUAACAGCUUCCAAGGUGACAAUUAAAACACAAUCAGCAUCAACUACUGCUGUACAAACAGACGACAAAACCACAGAAGCUGCUUCUACAACAGGAGCUGUCCUCACAAAAACCACAGCCAAGAAGACUGCAGCGACAUCGAAAUCAACCACAUCUGUCUUCACCAUGACCAAGACGGAGGGAAUAACAACCUCAGAUCCAACCACAGCAACCCCAAGGACAACUGUGGUUCCAACAACAAAUGCAGCUGUCCCAACAAAAUCUUCUACCCCGACGGCAUCCACAGAAAAACUGGCAUCCACAGUUGCCCGUACAAAAACAACAGCUGAAACAACAACCACAUCUAUCCCUACAAUUGCUACUUCUGCUGCAGUAUUUACAGCUGAAACACCAUCAACAGAACCCAAAACUACCACAGCUACCCACAAAAACACUGCUCAAACAAAAUCCACAACAACAGUCUACCCAACAACAACCACAGCUGAAAAGACAACCCCAAUCUGUGGUCUUGUUACCACAGCAACUCAUGCAACAAAACCAGUUCUUACAAGAAGCUAUUCUGUUCCAAAAUCAACCACCACAUUAGCAACUACAACAGCUAAAACUACAACCACAGCUUCCACAACAACUACAACUACAAGAGCAGAUGCAGCUCCACAAACAACGACAACUGUGCCUACAACAACUAAAGUUGCCAUGACAAAAACCAUAACUUCACCAAAAACAGCUCCACCUGCUUACACAACAGCCACAGUCACCAUAACAACUUCCGUAACAGCGUCAACCUCAGCUGCCAUGACAGGGACAGCUGCAAGAACAAAACCUGCUACAGUGGUCACAACAACAGCAACAAAAACUACUACAGUCUCUACAUUAACAACAAAACCUGCAAAAACAACAUCUUUACUUGCCAGAAGGACUGCAGCCGCAAACCGAACAAACAGCCAAAGCACUUCUGCAGAAACAGCAGCUGCUGAAAAAACAACAGCUAGCCAAACAACUACUGCCCCUCCAGCCACAACUAACAAAGUUGCAACAACCACAGAUUCCCCAAGGACAACCACAGGUGGUGCUACAACAACUCCUGUAACAACAACAAACAAUGCUGUGACAGCCAUCACUGAUAUCACAACAACAACAACCAAAAGUCCUGUCUCAACAACUACCACAGCUGAAACAACCCCCAAACUCCCAACAACCACAGGUCCUGCAUCUACAACUUCUGCCCCUGCAUCAACAACGAGCAAUGCUGUAACAACCACCACUGAUACACAAACAUCCAAAACAAGUUUUUCAACAAUGGGAACUACUGCAACAAGAACUACUAAAGCCGCAAAGACCACAGAUACCCGAACAACCACCAGUCCUGCAAUUCCAACAACCCCUUUGGCAACAACUUCCAACACCGCAAGAACCACAGAUUACCAAAAGACUGCCACAAGUCCUGCAAUGCUAACAACCUUUGAAGCAACACCUACCAAAGCUGCAAUAAACACAGAUAUCCCAACAACAUCUAAUAAUGCUACAAAAACCCCACCAGCAAUAACUAACAAAACAGCAAAAACCAUAGACUCCCCGAAGACCACAAGUCCUGAAACAACCACUGCAGCAGCAACUUUAACAGAUGCAUCAGCCAAAGCUACACCCAAAAUAACCACAAUUGUUGCAAAAAUGACAACCACUGUAGCAACACCUACCAAAGCUGCGAAAACCAAAGAUUCCAAAACAACCACGAACCCUGCUACAACAGCUCCUAUUGCAGCAACACCCACAGAUGCCCCAACAACAACCAUGAGUUCUGCCACAACUACUUCCCUUGUCUCAACAACUACCAGAGUGGCAACUGCCACACAUACCCCAACAAAAGCUACAAAUGAAACAACCACCGCCUCCCCAAAAACUAUUACAAGUCCGGACACAAUGGUAACCUCUGAAGCAACACCUACCACAGAUGCAGCAACCAAAAACUCCAGAGCAACAUCUAGUCUUGCAACUACAUCUGCUAACGCUAGAGCAACAUCUACCUCGGGUGAUUCAAUCAUGGAUAUCUCAACAACAAGUUCAUUCUCUGUAGCAUCCCCUAAAUCAACAACAAUUUCUGCACGUACAUCAACAGCUGCCUCUACAACACUAGAUGCUGCAGAGACAACCACAGCUGCCCAAACUAAAACUAAAACUACCUCUACUAUAACAGCUGUCCAAAAAACAGCACCUGCAAAAUCGACACCCCCAGCAGCUGCAACAACAACUACAAGUGCCCUGACAACAAACAUGAAUGCUGCAUCCACAACCUCAACAACACCAACGAAAACCAUAGCUUUAACAACAAUGACCCUUAAUGCAAAAGCAACCUCUUUAGCUUCCCUUACAACAACCCAACCAUCUGAACUUACAUCAGUACCUGUCCAAAUAACAACAGCAGAUUUUGCAGCAACAUCUGCAGCUGCUCUAAGUAAGGUUACAGCUUCAAAAAAUACAGCUAUUACUGACUCUAAAACAACCACAGUCCAAAAAACAGCAGCUGGCCUGACCUUGGGAUCUGUGGAAACUACUAGUCCUGUAAUCAAAACCACUGCUGCUCCUACUAUAACCAUGGUCACCCAAACAACCGAUGCUGCAAAGACAAUAAAAACAAUUCCACCUGGAAUACAGACAAGUUUAGCUGCUGCAACAAGAACCACAGCUGCUCAAACAAACAUAAAUGUUGCAACAACAAUUUUUGCUCAACUAUCAACAACCACAGGUGCUGCAACAACAAUCAAGACGUCUGUAAAUACAGCCUCUGCUACAACUGUUGCAAAUAAGAGAACAACUACAGACACUUCACCAGCAACCAUGAGUGCCAAAACAACAACUUUAAAUGCUGCAGCAACCACAGUGACCCCAAAGGCAAACAACUGUGCUGCAACAAUAACAACUGCAACUGAAGCAAUAACAGCAACCCCAAAUGCCAGAUUAAUAUCCACAACAUCUCCUAUAUCAACAACACUCAUAUCACCAACUGCCAAGACAACAAGUAAUGUAGCAGCAAUAAUCAUAGCUGCUCAAACUACAACUACACCUGACCUGACAACAUCUGCUUCCCAGGCUACAACCAAAGAUAACCCUACAACAAGUGUUGCACUAAUCCAAACAACAGCUGCUCUUAAAACAAUGUCAGAUGCUUCAACAACAUCCACAGUUAGCCAAACAUACUCAGCUGCAAAACCAACUACAGCUCCAGCCCAAACAACAACAACUAAGGCAGCAACAACAACUAUGAAAUCAACAACAAUUCCCUCAACAACUACAACAUCAACAGAUACCAUGACUACCACCAUGGCUGCUUUAACAACUACCAAAACUGUUCCAACAACAUCCACAGUUGCUCCAACAGCAACUGUGGAUGUUGUUGCAGCAAAGACUCCUUCUGCCACCACAACGUCAACUUCUGCACCAUUAGCAACACCUUCCCAAACUAAAGCAGCUACAGCAAUAAGAACCACAACUGCCCCAACAAAAACAACUGCUGCAUUGAUAACCCCGACUGCAAUGGCUACAACAGCUUCCCAAACAACACCCAAAACCACAGUCCAAAUGACAACUUUAGCUGGUCCACUGACAACCACAGAUGCCACAACAACAAUUACAAUGAAAAAUGGAGCUACCUCGUUUACUCGUUUAACAUCUACAAAAACUGCUGAUGGAGCAACUAUUGCUGCCCAAAAUACAGUUACCUCUGCAGCACCAACAGCUUCAACAGUUGUAACAAAAGCUAGGAUUGAUGCUACAACAGUAACUGGUGAUGAAACAACAAUAACAAUCCCAAAGGCAACAAACACAGCCGUCUCAAAAACCACAGAUGCUGCAACAACAACAAAAGCAAUACAGACAACAACCCCUGAUACCCUUUUAAAAACUACAGUGGCAAAAAACACAGGAGGUGCUGGAACAAUCAUAUUCUCAUCCACUGCAACCUCACCAACAUCUAGACCAAGAACAACCACAGCAGCUAGAUCAAGAGCUACAGCAGCUUCAACAGAAAUUUUUGCUGGGCAAGGGACAACCACAGGUGCCACUGCAAAAACCACGGAUACUCCAACCAGUACCAAAGAUGCUGCAACGACAACCAUAGCUGCUAAAAUUGCAACCACAGCUUCCCAAUCAACAACAACUGCUGCGGUUACACCAACCACAAGUGUUGCAACUACUAUGAAAGACACAGUUUUUCAAACAACUAAUAUCAUAGCUGUCCAAACAUUUAAUAAGGUUGUAUCAACAAACACCACUGGCGCUGCGACUACCACCACCACAACUGCCCUUAAAGGGACCACAGAUACCGGACCAACAGCAUCUCUCUUAACAUCUACCACAAGGGUUGAGACAACAUCUAUGGCUGCUGCCAGAGAACCUACAGUUGCUGUAACAUUGACUAUGGCAACUUCUACAAUUCCAACAACCCCUUUGGCAACAACUUCCAACACCGCAAGAACCACAGAUUACCAAAAGACUGCCACAAGUCCUGCAACGCUAACAACCUCUAAAGCAACACAUACCAAAGCUGCAUUAAACACAGAUACCCCAACAACAUCUAAUAACGCUACAAAAACCCCACCAGCAAUAACUAACAAAACAGCAAAAACCACAGACUCCCCGAAGACCACAAGUCCUACAACAACAGCCAAUGCAGCAACAACUACAACAGAGGUAUCAGCCAAAGAUACACCCAAAACAACCACAAUUGCUGCAAAAAUGACAACCACUGUAGCAACACCUACCAAAGCUGCGAAAACCAAAGACUCCAAAACAACCACUAACCCUGCUACCACAGUUACUAUUGCAGCAACACCCGCAGAUGCCCCAACAACAACAUCUGCCUUAACAUCUACCACAGGGAUUGAGAAUACAUCUGUGGCUGCUGCCAGAAAACCCACAGUUGCUGUAACAUCGACUACGGCUACUUCUGCAAUGACAAAAGCAGCAGAAACAAGCAAAGCUGCUGCAACAAACAUGGCAAUGCCAACUAUAAUCAUUUCUGACAUGACAACAACUACAGCAAGAGUUAGUCCUGACAUGACAACCAACAUAACUGCUACAAAACCAACCACAGCAGGCCUUUUUUCCACAGCUGCCCUUACAUUCACAGCAAAUAUAAAAACAUUAACAACUGAUCAAAAUUCUGUCACACCGACUGGAACAACGACCACUGCUCCUCAGACAGAAACAACAGUCAUUAAAACAUCGAUGGCUGGAUCAACAUCAAUUGGCUCUAUAACAACAAAAGUGGCGUCAACAUCAACCCCUGUUGUUCAAAAAACAACCAUCGCAGCCCCAACAACCACAUCUGGAUUUGAACCCACAACUGACCCUGAAAUAACCACAACAGCCGCAACAGCAACAGCUACUCAGACAAAAACUCUACUCAUUCAAUCAACAAGCACUUCCACUUCAACUUCACCCACCACAGCAGCUCCCUCAACAAUUACAGUGACUGCAACAACAACUGAAUCCGUCUCAAAAGCAACCUUGGUUGUAACAACAACCAAAGCUGCCAAAAAAACUACCCCAGCAAAUGGGAAUUCCACUCAGACAAUUUCUACAGCACCUUCAGUAACAUCUGAUCAAACAAUAUCUACAGCCACCUCAACAACAACUACAUCCACUCUGACAUCUGAUACCAAAACUACAACCACAGCUGCUAAGACAUCUACAUCUGGUGCACCAACACCACCAUCCAUUACAUCAACCACAGCAGAUGCACAAACAUUUAAGACAACUUCAGCCAAUGAACUAAUGACAGUUGCUGCAGGAAAAACAACCAAACCAACACUGACAACUGAUCAAGCUGGAACAAUAUCAGUUUCCCCAGAAGCAACUUUUCCACUGACAAGUUCAGUUUUCCAAACACCAACCACAGCUGUCACAACUUUCAAAACUGCUGCUGGAACAACCCUUUUCUCAUCCACAUCAAUCUUCGAUGCUGCAAACUCACCAACAUCUGGACCGAGAACAACCACAGCAGCUAGAUCAACAGCUACUCCAUCCAGUACCAAAGAUGCUGCAACAACAACCACAGCUGCUACAACUUUCAAAACAGCUGCUGGAACAACCACUGAGACCAGAGAAUCAACAAAAGCUGGUGCAGGUACAACUACAGUAGCUCCAGUAGGGUCAAUCUCAAAGACAAAAGCCCCUGUGGCCUCACAUGCAACAUCUGCAGAUAUUUCAGCAGCAACAACAGCAGAGACCACAGAUCCAACAACCGUGGUGGGCCGGGAAGGAGCGAUCACAUUAUCUCCAGGAGGGGAAACAGUAGCAGCAUCCAAAGUACCAACUGCAGUGACCCCUUCAAAACCCAUAGUUACUACACCUACCCCAGUAGUAGGAGCAACCCCAGGUGUAGAUGCAACAGUAGCAGUCCCAAAAACUACCACAGUGGCCCCUGGAUUACCUAAAACUUCUGCAGGUCCAAGCCCAGUACUCUCAGAGCCAGCUACUACCAACUUCCCACAAACACCCACAAUAACAACCACAGUGGCCCCAGCAGCAUCCACAAAUAAUCCAGGAGCACCAACUGAGAUGGAUGUAUUUGUAACGACUGCAGCUGCCUCAGCAACUGUGACAGCUACAGCUGGAGCAACAGCCCCAGUGACACCUGAUGAUACACCAAAAGACACACCUGGAUCAGCAGCAACAUUAGAGGUCCCUGGGUCAACCACUGCAGUUGCAUUUACAAAAAGAGCAACCACAGUACCAACAACAAUGGUGGCCCAAGGCAUGACCACAGGAGCCAAUAUAAAUACUCCAGCAGCAACAAGCGUGUCAUCUAUGGUGCCCUUUGGAGUAUUUAUGACUACUGCACCUUUCCCUGCAGGAACUACAAAAACUACCACUGUGGAGCAACUUCUAGAUGUAACAAUAGCAUCAGUUACAGAGACAGCUUCACCAGCUGCCAAACCUGGUGUAACAACAAUUGCUGAGGUUGCAGGUUCGACCACAACAUCCGCAGCUACAGACAGAGUGGUCACAGAAUCAACAAUCACAACUUCCCAAGGAACAAUAAUCACAGACACCUCAGGGGCACAAACAGUAGGACAACUUACAGGGAUCACUACAGUGGCCUCAGCAACAACAACAGCCGAUCCAGUUGCACCUUCAUUAGACUCAGGAGCAACCGCAAAGGCCACAAGUGCAACCACAGUAGUAUCAACAGUGACAUCAAUACCAACCAAACCAGUCCCAGAACCAUCUACAGUGACCCAAGGUCCAACCAAAACUGCCCUGGCCUUGAGACUGACCACAGCUUUUCCAGCAGGAAUCACAACGGUACCAACAACAACUGAACCAACUGUUGAUGAAAUAGAACCACCACCAGGAACGGCAACCACAGUGUCCCAAAGAGCAACAACAGCAGCCCCGACAGAAGCCAGAGCAACAACCACAGGGUCCACACUGACAGAGAGAGCAACCACUGUUGUUAUUAAAGGAACCACAGGGGCAACUACUGUUGACUCACGAUCAACAACUGCAGCUCCAGCAACCUUCACAGUGACCCGACAACCAACCACAAAGGCCACAGGAGUGACAGCAGUGGCUCCAUCAGAAACUGUGGAAACAACAAUGGAAGCACCAGCACCAGUACCAGCAGACACAGCGACAACGGUAACAGAAUCUCCACCAGAAGACACAGCGACAACGGUAACAGAAUCUCCACCAGAAGAAACAGCGACAACGGUAGCAGAAUCUCCACCAGAAGACACAGCGACAACGGUAACAGAAUCUCCACCAGCAGACACAGCGACAACGGUAACAGCAUCUUCACCAGCGAAAACAGCAGUUACCUGCCUUGCAGUCGUCAAUAAAACAAGCCCCCUUUUACUAAUAACAGCUGUCAGCCUGUUAUUGUGGAGUUAAGAGCUGAGCUGGAACUAAGAGUAUAAUUCCUCCACCUUCAGGGGCUCUAUGUGCUCUACUUUGUUUUUCUCUGUAUGCUAAAACGGUGUCUCUUGAAAAAAAGCUAAUUCCUAACCCCCAUUAAAAAUUACAAAUCUAGAAAUCUACAGUUUUGUCCCUGACAGACAAAGGGUGUGAAACAGAAUUUAAGUCUAUUUGAUAAACAUACAAAGACUCUUCACAGGAGCUUUAACUUCAGAGGAAGUCGUAAUCUACUGACGAUGAACAGAGAUGAUUGAAAACCUUGAGAACCGUCAGUAUUUGAUUUUAUCUUUGGCCAGCUUUUUCAUGACAUACCAAGAAAUCCAGUUUAUAAGAAGUUAAAAAUAUUUCGAUUUUUUGGAAAAGUUUUAAAGUUUUCUGCACACCUUGGUAGAGGCAUUUAAAGGUUUUAACAAAACAAUCAUCAGCUUAAAAAAACUGGGUUUAGGCUGCUCCUCACUUUAUCAGAAUAUGACAUUCUGUGUUUCUGCGCUUUCGGAAAACCAUCUCUAAAACUGCGUAUAGACUGGAAGCAUCUCUGUCUGUGUGUUUCAUGUCCAGGUUAACAGCCUGAAAGUAUGUGAACCACUUAAAUCUCAUGUCCUCAACAAGAACAAUAAUCAGUUGGUUAAAAUCACCCACCCCGUUAUUAUCGUCCUCUAUGUUUGCUCUGUGUUUGUAAGUUUUGUUUGUUUGAUGAGCAGGAUACUCCAGAGGCUUAACAACUUCUUCACUUCAUUUCACUUCACUUCACUCAGACAAGCUCAAGUGUUGGGCUACCAGCCAAGAAAUAAGUGGUUUGUGUUUGGUGAGGCGCCAAAGUCGGAGAUAACCGCGCCAAGAAUGAUGCAUACUGUUGUUUUUAAUAGUUUUUCUGCAAAUCCCGCAUUUUACUGAAUUAAAAAUGAUUUUUUUUUUCUUGCUGCUUUUGUGAAAUGUUGACAUGUAUUAGUUUGCUGUAAAUCAUCUAAUAAGUUUAGACAUGCUUUUUUUAAUGUUAAGUGUCCCAACUGUUUAUCAUUAUGUAAAAUAUGAUAAAUAAAUAAAGAACUGAAUUUAAAAAGUGGGUCAUGAAGUUGAAUAAUUUUUACCUGCAUCAUCAAAUUUAAAGUUUGAUAUAUAUAUAAAAAAGCAUCCUCUCAGUGACUAAUAUUAAAGCGUUAUUUUUGUUUGAAUAUUCUUAAAAACCUCUAAAAUAGCUGUGAACAGUUUUACUUCUUUUCAGAGUAACAGACUUAACGCUGUCUGACUCAAUUAUCAUAUGUGUGAAGAACAACCAAGCUGAGCCCAGUGCAUGCUAGGAUAGAUUUCUUCAGACCAAACCCUAAACAGGACUAACUGGUUACAAAUAAUAGAUAAAUGCUCUGUAAACACUGUCUGCUAUUCAGUCCUUUAUAAUUCCCAUUAGGUGUGACCAACAGACAGUUAUGAGUCAACAGACCUGAACUAAAAACCUGCUUUGAUUCUCAGUCGCAAAAAUAAAAAACAAGCGAGAGAAAUCCGACGUCAAUCAGACACCGGGGAAACAGAUUUGUCGCCAUUCGGAAAAUCGAAGGAGUCUCUUUACCAAAACAUAUGACACAUGAGAUCAGCUAUAGCAGCAGAGCGCUGACGUUCGUCUGUAUCAUUCACUGAGCAACAACCUGAAUCAUCAUCAACACAAGCUGCUGCCAUGGCAACCAUCGACAGUAAGAUGGACUUAGCAUCUAGAUCAAAAGGGGGCAGAGUUCAAAUGAGAAUUUCUGGAAGAUAAUCUCUAGAUUAUUUUUUUGAAGAUGUAAACAUCUAGAUUCACUUGAAGUAGUUUCGUUUAGUUUAUUUUUAAACUUUUUAGUCCCCAUGCCACGUCGUUUACUCCUUUCUCCACUCUUUAUUUAUUAAUGUAAAAACAAAAAUAUCACUGUUACUUGGCCUCCAUCACCCGCCGCUGUCAGGAGUGUUUCCACUGUCUCCACCAUCAUUUCUCUGGACUUACAUGAGUGUACACAAGGCUGUUUCUAAACAUAGCAUAUAAAAAGGCAAACACCAAUUUGUGCACAAUUCCUAUAAUUGCGAGCCAACUUGUACCCAUCAUCGACAUUAUUAGGCUUAAAGGAACUGCACCCACUGCACCUGCUCCCUGCCCAGCAUAAUGAGCCUCAGGUGGGGUAUUAAGUCUAUUAAAGGUGGCUGGACUUUUACAAGAGGUUCUCAACCC